AUGUUGUUGCAGGAGAAAAAGCCGCCAACAGGGAAUGGAGAAGCCAGCGAAUCUCUUGCGCAAGCUUUGCCGCUGAUUUCCGCCAAAUAUCUAUGCACACCGUCCGUCUCGCAGCGAGAAUAUGAGGCGCACAGCAACGAGUCGUUAGAGAAGAUGUACAGCUACUUCGACACGUUUCCCGAGAAAUUCGAGGUAGCUAAAGAAUACGACGUCAACUGCUCGAUGGGCGUGCUGACGGUGGUGGUCGACUCGAAAAUUGGCACCUACGUGAUCAACAAGCAGUCGCCGAAUCAACAAAUCUGGCUGUCAAGCCCGUGCUCUGGGCCAAAGCGAUACGACUUGGUUAACAACCGGUGGUACUACUCGCGCGACGACGAGACGCUCGACCAGCUGCUCAGCCGGGAAUUCAGAAAGAUCUACGGCAGCGACGACAUUGACUUCUCCAAGCACAUU